ACUUAUUUAUUUUUCCAAUGUUACCAAUACUGAUAAAUGAGUAACGUGCCUAAAGUAUUGUCUCAGUCAUGUCUUUAUCACGAAGCGAAAUGGACCGUUCUUUCUUACUAAUCCAAGAAAGAACUCAACACGAUUUCAUCGAAAAGGCCCAAACCGCCGACUUUGAGACUGCCAUCCACUAUGCAAGAUAUGGAAAAUUCCAAGCUUUGCUCCUUGCUGUUUGUGGAACAAUUUACGCAACUUGCGCCAUCAGCUCAACAACAUUAUCAUUCGUCUUGCCUUCAGCCAAAUGUGACUUUAAUUUAUCAUCAAUUGAUAAGGGAAAAUUAUCAGCGAUGCCUUUAAUCGGAAUGAUAUUCGGUUGCAGUCUUUGGGGCUCAAUUGCUGAUUCUCAGGGCCGUAAAGUCGCAAUAAUGCUUUCGCUUCUUGUCGAUUUUCUCGCAGCUUUGACCUCAUCUUUUGCUCAGACGUUUAAUUUCUUCUUAGUUUGUCGUUUCUUCAACGGAUUCGGUAUUAUAGGGGCCACUAGCAUUAUUUUCUCUUAUUUGGGCGAAUUCACGUCAAAAAAAUACCGGGAUGGGAUGUUGGGUCGUUUAGAAGUAUUUUGGAACGUUGGAGUCAUCCUUUUACCAGGUCUAGCGUGGAUUCUGCUUAAUCAAACCGUGUUAAAUUCCUUCAUCGAUCAUGGGAAUUUCAGCCCUUGGAGAAUUUUCGUUUUGGUCUGCAGUAUCCCGAGUUUGAUCAGUCUAGUUAUGCUGUAUUUCCUACCAGAGACACCAAAAUUUCUAAUCUCAAAAAGACAAUACGAAAAAGCCAAACUCGUUUUCCAGAGAGUGUUUACUUUUAAUACUGGAUUCCCUUCAUAUGCUUACCCAGUCAUGACUCUAGAAGGGGAAUACGAAAAUAAUAAUAAUGCCGAAGAAUUUGUCAAAAAAGUACCACUUAAAGAAAAAAUUUGUUUCAAAAUCUCGUCCAUUGUCAGUGAAUUUCAAGUGUUGUUCUCUCAACCUUACCUAAAAUACCUCUUGGUGACUUGUUUUGCUGACUUUGGCCUAAUGGCAAGUUACUACACUUUGAUUAUGUGGUUUCCUGAAAUUUUCGAACGUUUCAAUGAGUUCGCAAUUACUCAUCCCAACAGUACUGCAAGUGUUUGCUCCGUGUCCUAUAGAAAAGGAGACACUCUUGAAGUAUUUUUCCCUGAACCUUGUAUCCCUUCAAUAGAUAAUCGUGUUUUCCUCGACACGAUUAUCAUAGGAUUAAGUUGUAUUCCUACGUCAGUAUCACUCAGCUUCUUUAUGAGGAAAUUUGGCAAGAAAACGGUAUUAAUUAUUGGAUUGGUGAUGUCAGGGUUAACAACCCUCUCACUAAACUGGGUACAAAGUUCAACACAAACUCUGGUACUUUCUUGUGUUUUUGAAGCACUGACCAGUAUUCUUGAAGCUGUGAUUUUUUGUUUUAUUGUUGAUUUGUUUCCGACAAAUCUUAGGGCAAUUGCUUUAGCUGUUACUGCAUCGACGGGGAGAAUUGGGGCAAUUUUUGGAAAUGUAGUUUUUGGAUUAUUGAUCGAUUGGAAGUGUUUUGUACCGAUUUAUCUCUUUGGCUCGCUUCUCAUAGCCAGCGGAAUGCUUUGCUCAGUUUUACCUCAAACUGACAAAUACACAUUAGCCAGUUUCGAAGCAGCUAUUUCUGCUACCAAAUUCGGAAAAUUCCAUUUGUGCCUCUUCCUCCUCCUUAUUCCUGGAUCUUGGACAAGCACUUUUGAAGUUACCUCAAUGUCAUACGUGUUUCCUGCCGCUGAAUGUGACCUAAAUCUCACAAUUCAUGAUAAAGGCCACUUGAACGGAGGCGCUUAUUUUGUACAAUUGUUUUCACUUAUCAGCAGUAAUAGUGAACAAAUGGCACCAAAACCUUUGAAAAACGUUUUAAGCAAGAAUCAGGUGUUCAACAUUUCGAAUAAUGUUGAAAGAAAUACUUACGGAUCAACAAAGCGACAAACUUCAGAAAGAGAAGUGUACGAUGCUGAUUUUGAGACAGCAGUAUCAGCGACAAAGUUUGGAAAAUUCAACAUUUUUCUCUUCCUGCUGUCGAUUCCUGCUGGAUGGUCGUCGGUGUUUGAAACCACCACCAUGUCUUACGUCUUUCCUGCUGCUCACUGUGAUUUAAACUUGUCUUUGACCGACAGAGGGUCCUUAAAUGCCAUCACUUUCGUAGGGAUGGUAUCAAGUGGAUUUGUUUGGGGCUUCCUUUGCGACACCCUUGGACGAAAAAAAUUAAUGGUGGUCGGUUAUCUACUCGAUGCCUUCUUUGUUAUACUCUCUUCUUUCUCCCAGAAUUAUAUUUUGCUCCUCAUUUUUAAAUUUUUUGGGGGCUUUAUAAUCAAUGGACCUUUCGCGGCACUGACUGCUUAUUUAUCAGAAUUUCACUGUUCUAAAUACCGAUCAAGAGUACAAUUAGUUCGAGGAAUGAUAGUGAGUGGUGGAUCUCUGACUCUACCCAUGCUAGCAUGGGCCAUUUUGCCCCAACAAAUCGAUUUAAACCUUUACAACAACAAAAUAGUGCUACAUUCGUGGAAUAUCUACCUCCUAGUGUGUGCCAUACCAUCGCUGAUUAGUGGAAUCAUUUUCACAUUUCUGCCAGAAAGUCCAAAAUUUUUAAUGACUGUUGGUCGCAACGAUGAAGCUUUGGACGUCUUUAAAAAAGUUUAUAGUCUCAAUACCGGCAAAAGUAGAGACGAUUUUCCGAUUAAAAGAUUGAUAGACGAAACUAAAACAGAAAGUAAUGAACAUGGUGGACACAUUACUGCCAACAGAACUAAAACUCAAGCACUGCGAGAAGGAUUUCAGCAAAUUAGACCCUUGUGCUAUCCUCCUCAUUUGAAACAUAUUGUUUUAGUGUGUUCAAUACAGUCACUGUUUAUGUUAAGUGUUAAUACAUUAAGGCUGUGGUUACCCCAAAUAUUUCAAUCAAUCAGCGACUACCAAUAUUAUAAUAAUGGUACUACAAGUAGUCUUUGUAAUAUGUUACAAAUUCUGACUCCGAAAGAAUCAAAUGUUACGUGCCAUGUUAAUUUUUCUCCAACUGUAUACAUGAAUACAAUGAUAAUUGCAGCAGUGUCAAUUUGUGGAUAUUUCGUUGCUAGUACAUUUAUAAAUAAGUUGGGCAAAAAACUACUUUUAGGCACGUUUUCCAUUGCUUGUGGAAUUUGUGUGAUUGCAAUAUAUUUUUCUCAAAAUACUGCCACCGUUGUGACUCUGUCAUCACUUUUUUUAUCACUUGGAGGAAUCUGUGCAAAUGUCGUCAUAACUAUUGUUAUUGACUUAUUUCCAACAUCGCUGAGGACUGUAACAAUAUCACUCGCGAUGAUGUUUGGACGUUCUGCUUCAAUGAUCGGAAAUUUAAUUUUUCCAAUUUUGUUAACUUUAGGUUGUGCCCCACCCUUUUUCUCUAUUGGCUCUAUCGUAAUUGGAUGUUCUCUGCUUACUUCACUCGACUUAAUUAUGAACCAAAACCUUUCUCUGAAAGCUUAUAUUUGUGCUUCAGGUAUAAAACCGGCCGAUUUCGAAACGGCAAUAGCAGCCACUGGUUUUGGUAAAUUCAAUGUAAUCCUCCUCUUAAUCGCAAUGCCGGCAGGCUGGAGCUCAAUCUUCGAAACCACAACAAUGUCAUACGUAUUUCCAGCAGCACAAUGCGACUUAAGUUUAACCCUAGAAAAUAAAGGAUUUCUUAACGCUAUUACUUACAUCGGAAUGAUAUCAAGUGGGUUCGUUUGGGGGUUUUUGUACGACACCCUCGGUCGGAAAAAACUCCUCGCAAUCGGCUUAUUCCUCGAUGGAAUUUUCGUUCUAAUGAGUGCAUCAUCGCAAAACGCAACUUUUCUUAUAAUCGCCAAAUUUCUAGGAGGUUUCAUAACCAAUGGACCUUUCGCGGCGCUUACAACUUACCUAUCUGAAUUUCACUGUGCAAGACACAGAGCAAGAGUCCAGAUGAUGUUAGGAAUAAUCUUUGGUACAGGAAAUGUGAUAUUGCCUUUUGUGGCAUGGGCGGUUUUGCCUCUCAACCUCAGUGUUAAAUUUUUUAACAAUAGUGUAGAAUUCCAUUCGUGGAAUUUGUAUUUGUGCUUGUGUGCCUUUCCGGCUUUGAUAAGUUCGAUUGCUUUUAUUUUUAUGCCGGAAAGUCCAAAAUUUUUGAUGACAAUGGGAUGGAAUGAAAAGGCUUUAGAAGUUUUCAGGAAAGUUUAUUGUUUUAAUACAGGAAACGCUCCUGAAACUUUUCCGAUCAAAGAAUUAGUCGAGGAAACAAAAUUAAAUAAUGACUCAAAACACGGAGGCAGAAUCACUGUCAACAGAACGAAAAUACAAGCGAUGAAAGAAGGGUGGCAACAGAUGACUCCUCUGUUUUUUCCUCCUCAUUUAGGAAGAAUCCUUUUAGUUUGUUUGUUACAAAUGUUGACAAUGAUGAGUCUUAAUACUUUACGCUUUUGGCUUCCACAAAUCUUCCAAGCAGUCAAUGAUUAUCAAUAUUACAACAACGGUUCGACCACUGAUCUUUGCACAAUGAUUGACCAAAUCCGGCCUAAGAAUAAAUCACAGGAAUGCGAAGUGAAUUUAAACAACUCGUCUGUUUACAUCAACUCAAUUAUUGUGUCAGUUGUCUCAAUUGGUGGUUACAUUAUUGCCGGACUGUUAAUUAAUGCUUUAGGCAAAAAGAGACUUAUAAGUAUAUUAGGAAUAUUUUCUGGUUUAAGUGCGAUGUGUUUGUACUUUGCGCAAAAUUCACUAUCAACAAUAAUUUUAUCGUGUCUUUUUGUCUCCCUGGGCAGUAUUAAUGUAAAUGUGGUCCUUGCCGUGGUCGUUGAUCUUUUUCCAACGACUUUACGAACAAUGACCAUUUCUUUAACAAUGAUGAUUGGGCGAUCAGGUGCAGUGAUGGGUAAUUUAGUAUUUCCAAUUUUGCUACAAUUAGGGUGUGCACCACCUUUCUUUACUGUGGGAGCCGCAAUUGUUGGCUGUUCUUUUUUAGUGUGUCUUUUACCAAACACAGAUCUGAAAGCACUACAGUAGUAUUCGUAAGACACACUAUUAUUCCUUAUUGUAUAUACAAAGUGUUCCGUUUUUAUUGUUGCAAAUUUAAACAGAUCAUAGAAUAUUCAAUUUUAAGGCAGAAGUUUCCUAUAAACAUGUAUCAAAAAAGGUUAUGUGGGCAAGCUACACCCCCUGAAAGAGAUGCGU